AUGUCGUCAACAACAGGCCGGUUGUCAGCGCCAUCGUCGAAAGCCUCCGUACCACACUCAAAGGGUCCGACCGUUCAGGUCGAUUUCGGAGGUCAAAAGGUUGAUGUCCCCAAAGACGGCUACUACGACCGGUACCGCAUGAACCCAGACUUAAAAGAGGUAGCUCGUGAUCCGGCAGUCGGCCUCAACAUUGACUUUUUCACAAGCAUCCCAAAAAGGCUGGUCAAUUCGAGGGGUGGCCCAACAUACGCUCCGAACUUCUACUAUCGCACCUCGAGUGUCCAACUCGUCUUCCUCGCACCUCUUGACCGCUUAAGAUCCAAGCUUCCGUCUCCCUUGGAGCCCAUCACGGCCCUGCCUGGUUACGGUUUGGUCGUAGUGACGUUCUACUCGUACCUUGUCUGCGACAAUGAUCCUUAUAACGAGGUCUCGAUUGCCAUCGUCGUCCGUCAGCCAGGUCAAAAUAGCUAUAGCACGACCCAACUGCUCUACUCGAUGUGGAAUCGAAUAUUUUACGGAUAUGUAGUAGCUUUACCUGUCAAUACUGACAUUGCUCGAGUGCGUGGCGUAUAUGGAUAUCAGUUUCCAAAAUGGCUCGCCAACAUCGACAUGGGGAUGGAUGACCACACCAUCAAGGCUGAUCUCUCCGCGACUGAUGGGACACUCGAUUUGACAUUGGAAGCCCCCCUCCCGGCCCUGAAGAACAUCACAUCGCAAUCUUCGAUCGUAACCAACUACGCGAUCAACAAGAUCGACAGCGAAUGGAACCAGGUAAAAGUCCUGACCAACCCACUCCUAGGGGCACAAUGCCUCUUUCCCAAGAAUGUCGUGCUCUCUCGGGGCAAAGGUCCUGUGAGUUCACUCCUCAGCGAGCUGGGCAUUUCGACUCUUCUACGGAUGGACGUCCUCAAGGAUGCGCAGAUGGUCUUGCACAUGCCACAACUAUUGAACACGUCGGACAAUGUCAAGCUUUGA